AUGCAGCUGGAGAACGGGAGCUCUCCGAGCUGGACGGCCCCCGAGAGUUGGUUCGUGGACAGCAGCAAACAGCAGGAGGACGAGGAUGCGCUCUUGUGCUCGUCUGAUGAGGAUGUGACGCAUCAGCAGUACCCCGGUGCGCCGCAGAACCGGGAGAAGGAACGGAAGGAGCGCGACAAGGAUCGAGAGCGCGAUAAGGACCGCGCGGACCGGUAUAAGGACCCGCCCAACAGCGGUUUCGAUCGCCUCGACCCCGCGUCAGCAGAACGUGAGCGCGAGCGGCGCGAACGGAGGAAGUCUAAGCGUCACUCGCGGCCCCUUCCGCCGUCGGCAAGCCCGUACCAGAGCUACAAGAUCAGGAUCUACAGGGCGAACAACAGCUAUCAUGUGGUGUCGAUCGCCCCGGUGGUGACUGUCGAGGACCUGGUCCCCACGCUGAACAAGAAACUGCUGCUCGGAGCAGACGUAGAAGCGCAUCGGUUGUACAUCAAAGAGCGAGGUCGAGAACGCGUCUUGGCUGCGACAGAGCGUCCUGCAAAUAUCAUGCGUAAGCGGCUGCAGCAGGCUGGGUAUGACUUUGCGGACCGGCUGGAGACCAUGGGCUUGGAGGAUCUGAGCUUCUUGAUGAAGUUUGUGUACAAGAGCAACUUACUAGGGCCCGCGGUAUGUGAGGAAGAUUUGAAUCUUGAGAACUUCGAAUUUAUCGACCUCAAUGCGCGUGCGCUGAAGACGGUGCCGAUUAUCCUAUACACACAUGCGCCUAGUAUCGUCAGCCUGAACCUCUCGCGGAACCCUAUGGUUGAGAUACCACUAGACUUCGUCCAGUCCUGCACCACCUUAAGGGAACUCAAGCUCUCGAACAUGGCUAUGAAGAAGGUCCCACAAUCCGUCCGGUUCUGCUUGCCGUUGCACCGGCUUGACCUCACCUCUAACCGCAUCGGUGACCUCAACGAAGCCGGGCUGGACCAGUUGCCCGAGUUAGUCUCUCUACGGUUGCAGAACAACAAAAUGUCGGAGCUGCCGUGGUACUUCGCGCGCAUGAGCGGGCUGACUGUUCUCAACAUUUCGAACAACAAAUUCCGGCGCCUGCCCGCGGUCGUUUGCGAGAUGACGGGCCUGCUCGACCUCGACAUCUCGUUUAACAGCAUCGAGGAGCUACCCGAGGAGCUCGUGCAGCUGCGCAAGCUCGAGCGUUUCGUCAUCGUUGGCAACCGCAUCACACGUUUCCCUGCGGAGUGCGCCACGCUGGAGAGGCUGAGCGUCCUCGACUGCCGACGGAACGCUAUUACCGAUUUGAGCACGGUCGCGAUGUUGCCUAGCCUAACGCAGCUUCGGGCGGACCACAACGCGAUACAUGCACUCGAGCUGUGCCUCGGACCGCAGCUUUCCAAACUGGAGGCAGCGAACAACGACAUCACGCAGCUAACGCUCAUGCCGGGACCGUUAGGGAGCCCGUACAAGCUCACGACGCUCGACGUCUCGCACGCGAAACUUUCUAUGCUGGACGAGAAUGCUCUAUCGCAGCUCAUCUCGCUCACGACGCUCAAGCUCGACCACAACUCCUUCCGUGCGAUCCCAGAAACGCUCGGCAAUCUCGCGCAGCUUACGACUUUCUCUUGCUCAAACAACCAGCUCGAUGCGCUCCCGAGCACGAUCGGGCAGCUGCAACGGCUUGAGACACUGAAUGUGAACAGCAACAGUCUCACUGAGCUGCCAGCAGAGCUGUGGAAUUGCGCGAGCCUGCUCGUGCUGAACGCGACGAGUAAUCUACUGGAGACGUGGCAUGACCCGCCGCUGCAGACGCUCCCGGCUGUCGCACCACCGCCGACCCUUACCGUCACUCACGUGGCAACUGAGCAUGGCAUAUAUGGCGAUCGCAAAUUGUCGACCGCAGACUCGAUAGCGUCCCAGAAGGAUCGAAACCGGCUCCUUCCCCCACUUGCGCACUCGCUCGAGAAGCUCUAUCUCGGCGAGAACCGGCUCACGGACGACGUGCUCAUCCCGCUCACCAUCCUCCGCGAGCUCAAGGUGCUCAACUUGUCGUUCAACCUGAUCCAGGACCUGCCACCGUCCUUCUUCCGCAACCUGUCUAAUCUAGAGGAGCUGUACUUGAGCGGGAACAAGCUCAGCGCGAUCCCGACUGAGGAUCUGCACAAGCUCACGAAGUUGACGACGCUGUUUUUAAACGGGAACAAGCUUCAGAGUUUACCGCAAGAGCUGGCUAAGUUGACGAGUCUGCAGGUGUUGGAUGUGGGAAGCAACGUGCUGAAGUACAAUAUCAUGAACUGGGAGUUUGAUUGGAACUGGAACUUCAACGCGGGUCUGCGGUAUCUCAACCUGUCCGGGAAUAAGCGACUGGUGAUCAAACCCGACACAUCGAGCCGCGGUCACUCCCUCGACCGAGAUCAGCGGCGCGUACUCGCCGACUUCUCCGCCCUCACUCAGUUGCGGGUCCUCGGCCUUAUGGACGUCACUACGACGUUUUUGCCCAACAUCCCUGACGAAGGAGAAGAACGACGCAUUCGAACCUCGUCGUCCGAGGUUAACCGCAUGGGCUACGGCAUCGCUGACUUCCUCGGGAUGACGGACCACCAACUGACGAUGGUCGACCUCGUUAAGCCCGAGUUUCGCGAGCGACCGAACGAGGCCGUCUUCGCCAUGUUCGGGCGGGCGCAGCCGCACACGAGCAAUAACAAGCUCAGCAAGUGGCUCGGCGACAAUUUCGUGCAAGUCUUCAGUAACAUGCUCAAGGACCUCGACCAGGAGCAGGGCGAAGGCGCGGAACACGCAUUGCGUAGAACGUUCCUGAAGCUGAAUAAAUACAUGUACGACUAUCUACUUAGCCAGGCCGCCUCCCAGCGCAAGUCAAGUCAGGCCAGCGCAUCGACGAACGCGACGAAUCUUCGGGACUACACGCUAAUUCGGAGCGGUGCCGCCGGGAUAGUGCUCUAUUUCGUGGAUAAGACGAUGUACGUGGCCAACGCGGGCAACGCCCUCGCCGUCGUUUCCCGACAGGGCGAUGCACGUCCAGUUUCAAGGAAGCACGAUCCGUUCGACCGUGACGAAGCUGCCCGGAUCCGCGCGGCGGAGGGAUUCAUAACGCCGAGGGGCCUUGUCAACGACGAGAUUGACGUCUCUCGUGGUUUCGGGUUCUAUCACCUCCUCCCUGUCGUUAACCCUCGCCCGGACAUAUGCGCCUAUGAACUCUCCCCUCUGGACGAGUUCGUCAUCGUGGGCAAUCGCGGCUUGUGGGACUACGUCUCGUAUCAGACCGCUGUGGAUAUCGCUCGUACUGAACGCGCGGAUCCCAUGAUCGCUGCCCAGAAGUUGCGAGACUUUGCCAUCAGCUACGGCUCUGAGGGCAGCACGAUGAUCAUGGUCAUCUCUGUCGGCGAUCUCUUCAAGGAUACCACGCGCCCGCGUCAGGCAACCCUGGAUUCGAUCAUCGACCCACAGGAUUAUCCUAUGUACCGCCGCGUCCGAAGAGGGGAUAUCUUCGACCUCAGCAUCAACCGCCUGGACCCAGAGGUGCCGCCUCCUGUGGGCCACGUCGCCAUCGCGUUCACCGACAUCCGGAACUCGACCCAUCUCUGGGAAGUCAAUUCUGGCAUGCCCACGGCGAUGCGACUACACAACAACCUACUCCGUCGCCUGUUGCGGUUCUGCGGCGGCUACGAAGUCAAAACGGAAGGUGACGCAUUCAUGUGCUCCUUCCCGACAUCGCUUGCCGCGCUAUGGUGGUGCCUUUCCGUGCAAAGCCAACUUCUGGACCAAGCUUGGCCACUGGAGAUCCUUGAGUGCGAAGAUGGGCAGGAGAUCAAGGAUAACGAAGGCCGAACAAUCGCGAAGGGGCUGUCCGUCCGUAUGGGCAUACACUGUGGCUACCCCGCUUGCGAACCCGACCCAGUCACGCAUCGGAUGGACUACUUUGGCUCCAUGGUGAACAAGGCCGCUCGAGUGAACGGCAGUGCGGCGGGUGGUCAGAUCGCCGUUAGCACCGACGUCAUCCGCGAGAUUCAUGCAAGUAUUCACCGGACCGAGCCAGCCACAGAACACUCCCAUCGCCAGCCACAGCAAGCCAUCGAUGCCAUCAAUCGGAUCGGCAUCAAGCUAUUCGAGAAGGGCGAGGUGAAGCUCAAGGGCAUUGAGCUCCCGGAGCGACUCGCUAUCGUCUACCCCGCGGAGCUCGCGGGCCGCGAGGAGCUCGAGCAAACUUCGGAGGCCUCGAAGGUUUCGGCAUCCCGCGUUCAGUUCAGCGUGGAACAGAUUCGUGAACUCGCCGCGCUGUGCAUCCGGCUCGAAACGCUGACCACCUCCCGCGUCCUGCGCCCGCACCCCACGAGCAACCGUGGAACUGAGGCCGACGCGGCUGACUCUGACUCUGUCUUCGUUCAUUGCGACCCAAACCUCCUUCUACCUGCCAUUAGUGACAAGGCCACUGACACCGACCUCAAAAUGCUGUUGGUAUCCCUUUCCAUUCGGAUUGAGAACGCAUUGGCGACUUUGGCUCUCAAGUACAUCAGAGAAAGUGUCGCCGGACCCACUGUUAUUUCCGCCCUGCAAACCAGUGGUUUGGAUGACAAGACGCUCUCGCUGCUCAGAACUUUAUGUACCUCGUCUCUCGUCUAG